GUUGAUGCGUCCAGUCCUGGCUGUGGGCUGGAUGCUGUCCUGCUUGUGCUUGCCUAAAGAAGACACACACACACACACACCUCUCCACCACAUUCCAUCCAGCCUACAUUUCAUUUCCCCCCAUCACCAGUGAGGAAUCCCUCAGCGAUCACGCCCCAGGGCACGAUGCCGAGGCCGCAUUCAACUGCCAUCGGCAGCAGGUCGUUCUCCAAAGAACGCUCCAGCAUGUUGUACCUCGUCUGCAGGGCGAUGAACGGGGUCCAGUCUGCACACACACAUGUGUUCACAGGGGCGCAUGCAGAUGCCAUGUCUGACCUUUGAAGUGCGCCAUGGUGUUUGCCUUCGACAUGACCCAUGCGGGUGUGUCGGACACGCCGCAGUACAGCACCUUGCCGCACCUGACGCAGUCGUCGAGGGCGCGCAUCACCUCCUCCACAGGCGUCCGGUACUCCCACGCAUGGAUGUACAACAAAUCGAUGUAUCCAAUCUGACACACACACACACACACACAUCCCAAUCACAUGAAGCCACUCCCGCACUGCACUGCUUGUAUGGAGGCGUGUGCAUGCCUGCAUGCGCUUGAGCGAUGCGUCCAGGUUCUCGACCAGACUCUUGCGGCUGUUUCCAGAAAGGCACUCGCGGCGCUUGUCGGCCCCGUUUUGGGGCAUUAUGUGACCCAGGUUGAGGGUGUACUUGGUCGCCUGCAAACGAAACACGCACCACCCAUCGCACGGUGGGCCGCCCUCCUCUCUGUUGUGUGUGUGUGUACCAGGACGAGGUUGCUGCGCCUCUCGCCGAUCAUGUCGCCCAGGAAUUUCUCAGAAUGGCCGCCUGCGAAUGGGUAUGGUAUGUUUGCCGUGUCGAUGAAGUUGCCUGACCAAGCACAACAAACCAGGAACAGACCACACAUAGAGCGGGGGUACUGUGACUGUCUGACUCACCGCCCUUGCUGUAAUAGAGGUCGAAGAUCUUCUUGCUCGUCUCAAAGUCACACCCCAGUGCGCAGCCCUCCGCAUUGGGGCUGUCGGCGCCAAAAGUCUGCAGUGUCACACACAGUACAGAGCACAAGACAAUCUCUGCACAUGAAUGGCUGAUCUCUCUCUUUUCCACACCAUGGCGCCGAGGCACAGCGGCGAGACCCUCAGGCCGGAUCUGCCGAGGAGAACGUAGUCAUCGAGGGCCUUUGAGCAGCCGUACGCAGGCGACACGUAGGCAGGCUCUAUCAUGGAUGGGUCAGAUGCAACGACAGAUCAGGGAUGUGCUGCACUGCACAGAUCUCCU